CGCUAUUUUUAUUUGUUAACUGCAGAAACAGAACCGUUAGUCCCCAAGUGCCCUCUAAAAAGAGAAAAGAAACAUCAAAAUCCAACGAUAAAUCCCCAAAAGAAUCUGUGUAAAAGUGCAAAGAGACAGGCGGAGAAUGCGCCAAAAAAAAUGGAAAAAAAACAUUUAGCUGGGUGCGGUGAUCUUGAACCCGGGCUCAACUCCGCGUAACGGUGCAUCGGCAAGUGCAGGAAGUAAUGGGUGAAGAAAGGAGAAGGAGGCUGAGGAGGCCAUUGCAUUUCUUUUGAUUGCUUGUGUAUCAUCUUCGGGGAUCUCUACUCCUUCGCCCACUCUUCUUUUUGCGGGCAUUUUCCGCUCAUUUUUGGCGCAGCCUCCCAAAAGAUCUCAAUUAUGCAAUAAUAAGACUUAUAAGUUAUUUUAAAUAUAUAAAAGUAUAUAUUCAGUUUCAGUUUAAAAAAAAUUCUCGCAGCGACUAGUUGUGCGUGCAGGCGAAACAGACAGAGACAGAGCAGCGCGAGCAGCAAAAGAGAGCGUCGUGUUGCGCAGGCAAUCUUAAUUAAUUUAUUUACGUCUAUAUUGAUUUUUUAAAGUAACAGCUACAGUUAGCCAUAAUAGCCAGCUAGAAAGCAAAAGCAAAGCGAGGCGGACAAAGAGCGCGCGCUUAAAAGGUAUAAAAAUAAAUUAUAUACACAAAAUAAACCUGAGGCGAAUCUAAAUAUUUCGAGGGUUGGAGGUGUAUCUGGAGGAGGAAUGGAACACCUGUCGCACUUGUAUCCCCCGCAGCUGCCGAAGGGGCGUGGCCGGCCCCGGGCCACAUACGCCCAAACGGGUGAAUUCGAUUUGGGACUGAUCCGGGAAUACCGAUCGCAUCCAGUGCUAUACGAUCGCACCAACAAACGGUUCAAGGACAAGCUGUAUGUGGCCCAAAUAUGGGAUCAAAUGGCCCACAAGCUGGGCUACGAUGCCACAAGUUUAAGGGAGCGCAUGACUACGCUGAGAAAUCGCUAUAACAUCGAGAAGCGACGUGUGGAAAAUGGCCUGUCCACACAGGCUUCACAAUGGCCCCUGUUCGAGAGCCUCCAGUUUCUAGGGGAUCACAUUAGGCCUAGGCGCAGCUUCAAAAACAUGUCGAUGAAGGAGGAAGAUGAGGAGCCCUACGAGGUUGACGAUUGCCAGAGCGACAGCAACGGGCAGAUGACUAGCGUCAAGGACGAACUGGAUGAGGACUGCGAGAUUUUCGAUUGCGAGCAGGCACUGCCCGUGACCACUGUGCUGGGGAUUCCCCUGAACACCUCCGACGAAGCCAACAAGAGCCAGCGCUCGAUGAACGGCGAAAUGGCCAAUGGCAAAGGCUACAAUCACUAUGCGGAAAGCUAUCAGCGGCGACAUCAAAACCAGCCGGAAUACAUCAUCAGUAGUCCAAUAAUCAACCAUCCCAACAAGUUCAAACGUGGAGCACAGCUGUCGGAUGAUCAUCCAUCGAAGCGUCGUGCCGACGACAGUCUGUCGAUAUCCGCUUUCUAUCCCACUCCGACUCCAACUCCCUUGCCGCCGGCCUAUGCCAAGUUCCGGGGAUUCGGCGAGUUCAUGUGCCACUCUCUGUGCGACAUGCCGGCGCCCACUGCCUUGCGUCUGGUGCAGAAGUUCACCCGGGAACUGGUCCAGACCUCCAUUCGUAGCGAAGGUAGCGGCAGCAAACGGAUGCCCGAUCAGGUCGAUCCGGUCGACCAGAGCAGCGAGUCGCAAGAGGAGGACGAGUAGAUUUUAAGUUGCACUUUUUAAUUACGGGUAGGGAUAUUGGCACGCGUGUCUACAUCUAUGAUUAUAGCAUAUAGCCGCAUUAAUGACAGAUUCGAUUACUCCAUAUAUGUUUUAAUUAUACUCUUUUUAAGUCUUCUAGCCUCGCGGUAACGGCGGGUGGAAGAUCGAAGCAUUUCAUUUAUUAACAUAAUGGAAAAAUACACUUA